AUGCCGAGCUCAGAGACGGUCAGGGCCAUCAUCUUUGUGAGCUUGGCCAUCCUUGGAUGUCUCAUUCGAACCUACAUUCGAACCGCAAAUGGCGAAAAGGAAGACGAGGUGCACUUCUGGUCUUCGCCUUUCAGUCAACUCCAGCAACAAGAAGGCGCGCAGUCUGGUGAGGACGUUGCUCCUCUCAUGCAUCAAGUCGAGCCGCAUUACAGCAGAAGCGCUCAUCGUCCACGCAGCACAAACACAUCCAGCGGCGAGGUCAGCCAGGCUGUGUCGGUCCAGCACGACCAGCCCCCUCGUUUCGCACCCUUCCUUGCCGAGACCGUGCCAGAAGCGGAUGAGGACGAAUUCCUCACAUAUGCGCCUGAAACUCGACAAACGAGGUUGAUACAAAUCUGCGAUGGCCCGGAAGUGGACGAAGCCUAUGAAGACUGGGCUGCGAUGCACCAUGCACUCGGAGCUGCCCCCGAAGAUGCCGAAACCAGCAUCGACAACCUCUUGCAGCGCAGACAGAUGCAGAAAUCUGGUAUGCACUCGCUCGGUCACUUUGACAACUUGGGGUCGAGUGAAGCCAGCACGCCCACAAUCUGGACGGCACACUUUCCUGCAGCUCAGCUUCGGCCGUACUAA